GAGACUAGGGCCGUAGUGAAACCCCUUCUAUCUUUUUCUCUCUCGAUUUCGCUGUCUGGAUUCUGAAUCCUUCAUCGAUACGACAUGGAGUUUCCAUACAUGGAAGCUGUUGUUGGUUUUAUGAUAUUAAUGUACUUAUUUGAAACUUAUCUGGACUUACGGCAACAUGCUGCUCUCAAAUUGCCAACCCUUCCAAAAACAUUGGAAGGAGUAAUCAGCCAAGAGAAAUUUGAAAAGUCUCGAGCCUAUAGUCUCGAUAAGAGCCACUUCCAUUUUGUUCAUGAGUUUGUGACGAUCCUGAUAGAUUCUGCAAUUUUGUUCUUUGGCAUAUUGCCUUGGUUUUGGAAGAAAUCAGGAACUUUCUUGCCUUUAGUUGGUCUAAAUGAAGAGAAUGAAAUAUUGCACACCCUUUCAUUUUUGGCUGGUGUUAUGAUAUGGUCACAAAUCACUGACCUACCCUUUUCUCUUUAUUCAACUUUUGUAAUCGAGGCCCGCCAUGGUUUCAAUAAACAAACAAUAUGGUUAUUCUUUAGGGACCUUAUCAAAGGAAUAUGUCUUGCUAUUGUACUUGGUCCACCAAUUGUUUCUGCUAUUAUUGUCAUAGUACAGAAUGGAGGUCCAUAUCUGGCUAUCUAUCUUUGGGCAUUUAUGUUUGUCCUUUCUCUUGUAAUGAUGACAAUUUACCCUGUUCUGAUAGCUCCACUUUUUAAUAAGUUCACCCCUCUUCCUGAAGGAGAGCUCAGACUUAAGAUUGAGAAACUUGCUUCCUCCCUCAAAUUUCCUUUGAAGAAACUAUUUGUUGUUGAUGGAUCCACAAGAUCAAGUCAUAGCAAUGCCUAUAUGUAUGGUUUCUUUAAGAACAAGCGUAUUGUCCUUUAUGACACAUUGAUUCAGCAGUGCAAAAAUGACGAGGAAAUUGUUGCUGUUAUUGCUCAUGAACUGGGGCAUUGGAAGCUAAACCAUACCAUGUACUCAUUUAUUGCUGUGCAGAUUCUUACUUUUUUGCAAUUUGGAGGUUAUACACUGGUCAGGAACUCAACUGAUCUUUUCCGAAGCUUUGGGUUUGACACACAGCCGGUACUAAUUGGUCUUAUUAUAUUUCAGCAUACUGUAAUACCACUCCAACACCUUGUAAGCUUUGGUCUCAAUCUUGUAAGCAGAUCAUUUGAAUUUCAGGCUGAUGCCUUUGCUAAGAAGCUUGGGUAUGGAUCUGCUUUACGUGCCGGUCUAGUGAAGCUACAGGAAGAAAAUCUGUCGGCUAUGAAUACAGAUCCGUGGUACUCAGCUUAUCACUAUUCUCAUCCUCCUCUUGUUGAAAGAUUGGCGGCAAUUGAUGCAGCUGACAAAAAGGAAGAGUGAUAGGGAUGUCAUAAUAUUAAGAACUGGGUUUGAAUUAUUUCAUUUCAUUGUAAUAUUUUUGUUUGAUGAUCUGCAUUUGAGUUGCAUGGCGUCCUCACGUUGUCAAAUGUCACUAGUUCAGGCACACUUAUUAGUCAGAAAGCUAGUUAAAAUGGAAGGAACUAAGCAGAAAAGAGGGAAGAAUAGACUAGACAAAUGAUCGGAGAAACAUCGAAUGCAAUGAAACUUUGAUUAAA